GAAGACUCACUUACUGUAUUGGCAGUGAGCCGUUCAGACGUUCCACCGUUGGCGUAGCUGCGGUUGUUAAUAUUAUUCUCAUAUUCAAACGUUCUACCAUUGAAAACGUUUAAACAACAACAUUUAGUAAUGAUAGGGUUUUGGCGGACGACUUCGUGGCUGAUAAUUGUGUUGUUGGCAAGGAUUCAUGUCGCAAAGAGUGAUGGGCAGUGUGAUGUAUCGGAAUUUAGUUGUACGAAUGGAAAAUGUAUACCCAUCAUGUGGAAGUGUGAUGAUACUGAUGACUGUGGCGAUGGAUCGGACGAAAGCGAUUGCCCCGUGGAGACGUGCUCGGAUGGUGAGUUCACCUGUGAGAGCGGACGCUGCAUCCCGGUGAGCUGGACAUGUGACAAGGAGGACGACUGCGGUGACAACAGUGACGAGGAUGCCGAGCAGUGCAGGAACAAGCAGUGCAAGCCGACGAGGAGUUUGCGUGCACGGCACCGCCCGGCGCCUGCAUCCCCGCGGCGUGGCGCUGCGACGGAUGACGGCGACUGCCCGGACGGCUCCGACGAGGAGGACUGCGUGGGUGAGACAUCGUGCGCGCCGAAUGAGUUCCAGUGCACCAACAAGCGCUGCAUCAGCCAGCGCUGGGUCUGUGACAAGGACGACGACUGCGGCGAUGGCAGCGACGAGGACGAGCAAUGUGCAGCGAUGACCAACUGCACAGACCAGUUCCAGUGCAACGACACGCAGUGCAUCCCGUUGAACUGGCGCUGCGACGGCGACGCUGACUGCAGGGAUGAGACCGACGAAAUUAACUGCCCCACUCCGUCAGUGCCGUCUAAGUGUAGCGAUCGGGAGUUUGCCUGCUUCAACGGAGACUGCAUUCACCGGUCGUGGGUGUGCGACGCGCAGAAAGACUGCCCUGAUGGAUCGGACGAAAUUGACUGUAACAUCACGUGCCGCAUGGACCAGUUCCAAUGCAGGGACCUGGAGUGCAUUCCCGGCGUGUCGCAGUGCAACGGACGCAUCGACUGCAUGGACGGCUCUGACGAGCAGAACUGCCCGACGCAGCCGACGUCGCAGUGCGAUCCGAAGACGCAGUUUGCGUGCGCGGCGACGUGCAUCUCGAUGGAGCUUGUCUGCGACGGCAAGAACGACUGCGGCAACUGGGAGGACGAGCCGUCCGGACCGACGUCGUUCUGCGAUAAUAAUGAGUGUGAUGUCAACAAUGGCGGCUGCGUGCAUCAGUGCAUCGAUACCCGUGCCGGCUUCUUGUGUGAGUGCAACCCCGGAUACAAGCCGUAUCUGAACAACUCGUGCGAAGACGUGGACGAGUGCGUCGAGAUGCCGGGCGCCUGCUCGCACACGUGCGAGAACACGAAGGGCUCGUACAAGUGCCACUGCUUCGACGGCUACCACCUCGACCUGGCGCGCACGGGCUUCUGCAAGGCGGACGGCGCGCGCCCCAAGCUGCUCUUCUCCAACCGCAAGGACAUCCGCGUGCUCGACCUCGCAAACCGCGAGUACCACAACGUCGCGACGCACCUGAACAACGCGAUCGCCGUCGACUACGUGCACGCGACGCAGCAGCUCUACUGGAGCGACGUCAACGAUGAGCACAUCUACGUGAUGAACAUAUGGAAUCUCCGGAGCGCAGGAUCUCAAUGGCAGGAGCGGCCCAACUUUCUCUCCGACAUCCUGACACCCCCCAGUAUGAAGCACCUUCAAGAUCGCCGUGUUCGAUGUAUUGCGUUGCCAACACCUCUACUGGGCGACUGGGAGACGGCUGAGGCGUACACACCGGCGGAACAAGUGUUACGGGUGAGAACGUUCAGAAGGCUCGCUGAUCGGCCUUGCUACAGCGAUGACCUGAAGGUUAACGAGCGCUCGCCGAAGUACACCUGCCACUGUGAGGACGGCGUCGAGCUCCACGCGGACAUGCGAACGUGCCGUGCCGCUACGGCGGCGCCACCACCCGCGAGCACGGCAACACCGUCUUCGUCGUCGCCGCCGCCGACCCCGCAUCCAAACUCCACGCCGAAGACGUCGUCCCCGGCGACGAAAUCGCCUAGCUCCCACGCGCCGAUUAUUGUCGUGCCCGGCAACGCCGGGGGCGUGACUCCUGCGGCGGCAGAGACGUCGUCUUCGUCGGAGGCGGAGGGUUCGACGGUGGGCGCGCCGGAGAAGGGCGACCACACCGGAGGGAUGCCGAGAGGCCAUGUCGCCGCCAUCGCCAGCGCCGCCCUGGUGGGGCUCAUCAUCCUACUGGCCACGGUUGCCUAUCUCAUUCACCGAAACUACGUGAAGAAGAACACGAAGAGCAUGAACUUUGACAACCCCGUGUAUCGGAAAACCACCGAGGAGCAGUUCAGUCUGGAGAAGAACCAGUACCAGCCGGAUAAGCCCUAUAACCCGGAGCAAAAAACGUUAGAACCACUAACAUCACCAGGAACAAACGAUUUCGUUUAACAUCGGAGCACAAAAAUAGGCAACUUAUCUAUCGUAUGGACAUACAGCUCUGACCGUUCAGAACUAAUUGAGGAAGUCAUUGUGCAGAAGUAUUUAUUUAUUGAAGAGAAGAAUUUGAUUACUGCCCUGCUAUUGAACUGCCUAUUCAUCUCCGGAAAUUCAGCGAACUGCAAUAUUUAGUUAUAUUUUUGUACGUUAGGGUUUCUCACCUCUUUUGUAAAUACGUUUUUUGUUGUGUUUAGCAUCGAUUGCCGGUGUGCUGCCCAGCUGAGCGUGUGCUUGUGAUAAAUAGUUGAGCGUCUGUACAGUGACUUCCUCUCCAAGCUUUGAACUGUAAGUCUGUACAGUGAUUUCCUGUGAGAGGGGGGAGGCCGGUGACCCGAGUGAGAAGCGAAUCGGCGCUUCCGAGUGAGUAGUCGCCGUCCGAGGUUCAGCGUGUGAACGAGGAGGAUGGCGCAGGGACGGCGCCGCGCAGUCCCGGACGAGCCGGCGAGACCGCAGAGCAGAUGAUUUCGAUCGGAGCCUCCAUGCUGCGCGAUCGUGGUGUUUGCGGAUGACGGCUGAGGUGAAGACGGUAUCGCACUACGAGUAAGAAGUACCGAAAGACAAAAAGGUGCAGCGGAAGCAGUAGCAGCAGCAGAAGCAGCAACAGUAGCAGCAGCAGCAGCAGCAACAGCAGCAGAUGAUGCUUCUGCAUUAUGACUUCUAGCGUGGCAUUCACACGUUACACGGUCGCGGUAAACCAGCAGCAACCGUGGUGUGUGCAUGUGGGCCACUGUUUAGGAGGUGAAGAUGGCACUAGAAGGCGCAACUAAAAAUGAACGAAGAACGAAUAUCUGAUGGCCUUGUGACGACUUCAAAGUGCAAACUUGCGUCAGCUGCAACACGAUUAUAAUGUUAAUAAUGUUGUACAGGGGCACAUCUUCCACGUACAGCUUUUGAAAUGUGAUGUACAGUUUUGAAUUGUGAUUGUGUUUAUUUAAUGUGAAUAUAUAAUAGGUUUUUGUUAUAACAAUAUUGAUUGCAUCCCUACAUUUUGAAUUACGGUGGCCCAUUUCAUAGGACCUCACUGUGUUCACCUGCUACUACUGAGUUGCCCUUCAUGGUAUUUCACUUCAACUGUUGCAUAGAGGUCCAUGAACAAUGUGAACGAAACACUGAGAAUUUAUGGUUUUAAACACCAGGCCAUUGUUGCACUCUCCCUAGUCCCCCCCACCUAUGAAUGCAUAAUAUGCAUAAUAUAGAUUAUAGAUAUAUUCCUGGUAAAAGUGCAAGCUUUCAAUGAUAACAUUCAUACGUGACAUACGGAAUAAUUUGUGGUGUAAAUGUUGCUGAUUAUGAUAUGGCUAUGUCGUAGCAGUCAGUUCUAGUACCGUGUCAUGUGAUACCACCCGCUCAGUGUAAAAUGUAGUACAGUAUAAAGAUUAUCAGUGUUCGGCCUUUGUUUAUUUGGACCGUUAUCACAAUGGCAAUUCUUAGGUAAUUGCGUGGUGAUUAGCUCUUCUUUGAUUCCUUCACUGUGCGUGCAUGGAAGUUCGCUUGAAUGUGUAAAUAUUAACAUUGUACAACACUGGCUUGUAGCUGUUCAGUAGUGUGUGUGCAGCUUGCGUUUAAAGAAACUACAGUCGCUGCUUAUAUAAACUGCAAUAUCUGUAUAGGUGGCGCUAUUGUUACCUAGUUUGAGCUCGCGAAUUUUGUUCAGUCGUAUUUGUACAUUGCCGUGGUAUUAUCAAUUUAACGGAUUCUGAAUCAGUAAUGUCGUUUUCGCUGUGGGUUAACCGUUCCCAUCCGUGGCAGUGGCAAAACCAGAGGUGUUACAAGCAAUGUCUCAAUUUGCAUAUAUUUGUAUCAUAAAUAAUCUAUAACAAUGAA